AUGAUUCUCCCAGUAGCGGUCUUAGCUUUCCAUCAGUUCUAUUGGCGAAGGCGAAAUCUCCCACCUGGACCAGUACCUCUUCCACUGAUUGGAAACACCCUGUCGAUCGAUAUGAGGAACCCGGCUAAAACGUUCAGUUCAUGGCAUGCCGUUUAUGGACCGAUCUACACGGUCUGGCUACCACAUCCAAUGAUAGUCAUGGCAAGCCACGAAGUGCUUAAAGAGGCUCUCAUACGUCAGGGACCUGUCUUCGCGGGUCGCCCAUCCGGAUAUAUAUGGUCGAUGUUCACAAAAAACCAUGAACACGGUGAUGGCAUCAUUCUUUGCGAAGGUGAACGAUGGGAGCAAAUUCGCGAGUUUGCUCACAAAAUAUUCAGGAACUUCGGUCUUGGUCGGACACAAAUGGAGGAGAAAAUCGUUCACAAUAUCAAUUACAUGAUUGCACACAUCGAUGCAAAAUUGCAGGGAAAU